GGUAGCCGACUCGAGAUAAAAGUGAACGUAGUUUUCCGAUGAACCCCUACAGUCAUCUCAGCUGCAGCAUCUUUGAAAAAAUACACAAGAUGUAUCUUUGUAACACAAAAAGGACAAAAUUUUCUUACCAGAGAACUGCAUUUCUUUAUUAUUACUUUUCAUAAGAAAACUAAGAUUACUAUGAUGAUCAGGAGCAUUGAUUGUCUAAGUGCCAUGGUAUUUUGAGACUGCGAGGCCGAGAGAAAGCCUGAUCCUUGUAGUUGGGGAAAAUCCUAUCCUCUCAAAAAACCAAGCAAAAGUGGGAGGUUGAUCACAGCCCAUAUUACAGAAGACACUUCGGACUAUCUGCCUAUAGAAAAAUGUCGAUGGAUUGCGAGUUUAGUUUCUGGAAAUCCGAGCUGCUUUUCCAAAGAACCGCUAACACUUUCUGGAAUUUUUUCAAGAAACGUUUGUCCUUACAAAAGCCUGUCUUAAAGUUUUGGAUACAGGCAAGAAUUUUAAUACUGAACAUAACAUAGAUCAAUUUGAAAACUGUAUAAACGCAAUGAUAUUUCGUAUACCAUCAAAUGACGAAAAACAAUUCAAUAAAGAUUUAACUCAGCUUAUUUAUAAAUAUUUCUAUAAUCGACAAAAUAAAAAUUAAUUAAAUAUUCAUGCACAUCGAUUUUUUAGCCUACAUGAUUUAUUACGAUUCUUUAGAACAAGUAAUACAGAUCUUAAUGCAUUUAUUGAAUGGUAUUUAACUCAAUUUGAAAAUGAUAAUGGAUUACCAUUACAAUUACAAAUAGAUGAUGAUUACAUAUUGCCAAUAUUUUUGAAUACGAAUUGA